AUGGAGAAUCCACCGGCGGAGAAGCUCCUGAAGAAGAUACAGCAGCUAGAAGAAAGCCAAGAGGAUCUGAAACGGGAAAUGUCCAAGCUCCAGGUAUCGUCGGCGGAGAUUAAGCGGCGUUCUCAUUCCGCCUCGCCUCAACGACCGUUGAGGAGGAGAAACAGCGGAGACGUAUGGAGAAAGAGCGGCUCGGCAUCGUUCCGUCACGCUUCUCCGGUACGCAGAAAGACUCGCCGUGACAAUCAUUCGAAAGCCGGCGGCAAGUUCAGCGAUAAACAGUAUUUGAAUAUUUUGCAGUCUAUGGCACAAGCUGUUCAUGUCACUGAUCUCAAUGGCCAAAUCAUCUUUUGGAACUCGAUGGCGGAAAAGCUUUACGGUUUCUCAGCUGUAGAAGCACUUGGGAAGAGUCCGAUUGACAUUCUCGUAGAUAGUCAGGACGCUGCGGUUGCGGAGAACAUUACUCGGCGUUGCAGCAGCGGAGAGAGCUUGACCGGCGAGUUUCCUGUCAAGAACAAAGCAGGGGAGAGAUUUUCAGCUGUGACCACCAUCUCUCCCUUCUAUGAUGAUGAUGAUGGUGAUGGUGGUGGUUCUCUUAUUGGCAUUCUAUGCAUGACCAAUGAUUCAGCGCUCUUUCAAGACCCCAGAGUUUUACCUCCAGAUACAGUAAAGUGUCAAGAAGAGGAAACAAGCUUGAGCCAGGGGACAACAAAUAGUGUUAUACCAGAUUUGGCAUCUAACCAGAGGGAGAGUCAUCAGUCUGAUCAAGGUUUCUUCGUUGCUGCUUUCUCUGAACAGAGGGAGGAAGCAGCAACAAGUGGUGCAAGCACACCUAGAGGAGAUUUUAUCCAAUCUCCUUUCGGUGUGUGCUUACGUAACGAUGAGAAGUUUCCUUCGAAGCUCUUUAGAGAAUCUGGUGAUGGAAAUGAUGGAGACUCUGUUAUCGCUAAGACACUUACCUCAGAAGCCGAAGAGUGUAAUGUAAAGAAAGGAGUAUUGACAUGGCCACUGAGAGGAAAUGAACGGGAUUGUUUGGAAAGACGGCAUGAACAAGAAAAAGAAGAGGCUCAUCAAAGUAAUAAGCCUGCCGAUAACGAUUCAACGGGGUCUUCGUCUUCGUCUAAUAAUGUGAACAGCACAAGCAGUGUGAACAGCUGUGAAAGUAGCAGCAGCAGUGUUAUGAGCAAGGCUGAUAGGGACAGCGACUACUUGGACAAUGAAAUCUUAUGGGAGGAUAUGACCAUUGGAGCACAAAUCGGGCAAGGUUCAUGUGGAACUGUCUACCGUUGUCUAUGGUUUGGAUCUGAUGUGGCUGUAAAAGUGUUUUCCAAACAAGAAUAUCCAGAAGAGGUCGUUACAUCUUUUAAACAAGAGGUGUCGUUCAUGAAAAAACUUAGACAUCCAAAUGUUCUGCUGUUUAUGGGAGCUGUGGCAUCACCUCAGCAUCUUUGUAUAGUGACAGAGUUUCUUCCACGUGGAAGUCUCUUUCGUUUGCUGCAGAGGAACACGUCAAAACUGGAUUGGAGGCGACGUAUCCAAAUGGCCUUAGACAUUGCUCGGGGCAUGAAUUACCUUCAUCACUGUAGUCCACCCAUCAUUCACCGUGAUCUGAAGUCGUCAAAUCUACUUGUCGAUCGAAACUGGACCGUGAAGGUUGCUGACUUUGGUCUUUCUUGCAUCAAGCAUGACACGUACCUAACUACAAAGACUCCUCAAUGGAUGGCCCCAGAAGUUCUUCGAAACGAGGCUGCUGAUGAAAAGUCUGACGUAUACAGCUUUGGAGUUAUAGUAUGGGAGCUUCUGACCGAGAAGAUCCCUUGGGAAAGUCUAAAUGCUGUGCAGGUGAUUGAAGCUGUGGGGUUCAUGAACCAGAGGCUGAAACUCCCAAAGGACGUUGACCCUUUGUGGAUUUCUAUAAUGGAAAGUUGUUGGCAUAGGGAACCGCAGCAUAGACCGACGUUCCAAGAACUGAUGGAGAAACUAAGAGAGCUCCAAAGAAAGUACGCUACACAAUUCCAGGAAGCUCGUGCCGCAUCAAUAGACAACUCCUCUGUGAAGGAAGAAGAAUAA